GAAAAACAUGGCGUUGUCCCUGCAGCUGGUCACACUGCACGGUCGAGUUUUUUCGCACAAGAUUUUCUAGUGGAGAAAAUCCAUUUUUUUGUGCUGAAAUGACCACAAUUGCAGAUUUAUUCACUAAAUAUAAUUGCACUAACUGUCAGGACGACAUCCAGGGCAUCCGGGUGCACUGUGCUGAUUGCGAAAACUUCGAUUUGUGUCUCCAAUGUUUUGCGGCGGGAGCGGAAAUUGGAGCCCACCAAAACAACCAUGCUUACCAGUUCAUGGACACGGGCACGUCCAUUCUUAGCGUGUUCCGUGGAAAGGGGGCGUGGACGGCACGCGAGGAGAUACGACUGCUGGACGCCAUCGAGCAGUACGGAUUUGGAAACUGGGAAGACAUAAGCAAGCACAUUGAAACCAAAUCGGCAGAAGACGCCAAGGAGGAGUAUGUGAACAAGUUUGUCAAUGGCACCAUCGGAAGGGCCACCUGGACGCCUGCCCACAGUCAAAGGCCGCGGCUAAUCGAUCACACUGGAGACGAUGACGCCGGGCCACUGGGCACCAGUGCGCUGGCAAGCCUCCCACCUCUGGACAUCAACUCUGAUGAGGCCAUGCAGCUGGGCUACAUGCCCAACAGGGACAGCUUCGAGCGAGAGUACGAUCCCACGGCCGAGCAACUGAUCUCGAACAUCACCCUCAGCUCUGAGGACACGGAGGUGGAUGUAAUGCUUAAGCUGGCCCACGUAGAUAUCUAUACCCGCCGUUUAAGGGAACGCGCCCGCAGAAAACGGAUGGUAAGGGACUACCAGCUGGUCUCGAACUUCUUCCGCAAUCGCAAUUACGCCCUGCACCAGGGCCUCACCAAGGAACAGCGCGAAUUUCGGGACAGAUUCCGAGUCUAUGCACAGUUUUAUACCUGCAACGAGUAUGAGCGGCUGCUGGGUUCGCUGGAGCGGGAAAAAGAGCUUCGCAUCCGACAGGCGGAACUGUACAGAUAUCGCUACAACGGGCUGACUAAGAUCGACGAAUGCGUUCACUUCGAACAGCAUGCGGCAAUGGCGACGCAUCGUCCGACGGGACCGUAUGGUCACGGCAAGACUGACCACACGCAACACUCCAAUGGAAGUCUUCGGCCGCCAAACUCUUCCUUGCACUCCCCACAACCGAAUCUCAGAAAGGUCGAAAUGUCAAGCGGCGCCGAGGCAAGUUCAAGUUCAAUCGCACCAAGAAACACGCUCCACACCGCCGACCCGACUUGCUCCGGCGCAUUAUUGCACAGCAGAAGUUACUUGGAUAGCUGUCGGGCAUCGUCGGCAGCUACGAUGCUGCAGACGACGACGAUGACGACGACGGGGAUGGGCGUGGGUCAGGGGGUGGCAAUGGGAAUGCCGAUAACAUUGGACUCGGGAGUGACGACGGGAGCGAUUUCCACGGCUACGACGAUGGCGAAUCUGCCAACGAAUUCCGCGAAGGGAAGCCAACAACAUCUGCAGCCGCUGCAGCAGCAGCAGCUCCUGCAAAGCAGCGGCGGCAGCCACAAAAACCUACUGCCAAACGAGGCCGCCGGCGAAAGCAGUAGUGACCAGGCUACCAGUAUGAGCCUGAAGCUGCGUACCCAACUGGAAGAACUGAAGCACCUGCCCCAGCCUCUGGGCAGCAACUUGCUAAGCCACAACGAGCUGGAUCUGUGCAAGAAGCACAAUAUUACGCCGACCACCUACCUCUCCCUGAAGACCGUCUGCCUAAGCGGAGCACCAUCGCUGGGCAGUCCCAUGGAGACUUCGCUGCGAAAGUUUUUUAUCAAGUGCGGCUGGCUGAGCCACUGAUGGAACCGAUACCCUUCUCCCGAGUCCCGUGCAUUAAGAGUCACACAUGCAUUUUCCGAUCUAAUUCAAUUUAUUUUAUUAUCGUUAGUAUCUAAGUAAAAGACAAUUUUUUAUACUGUUCCAACUUUCGUUGCCAUUUUCUUCGAGGGAAAAACUACAGAAAACCGAAAAUUAAUCUUACUUGUAUCAAGUUAAGCUCAAAAAUUAGCCACAAUUUUGUUCCUUUUCGUGUGAGAAAUAAGUAUGUAUUAAACUAUGCGUAAGUAGGUCUCCCAACCAAUUGAAUGUGUAUGAUAUAGUAUGAAGUGUAAAUGAAGUAAUAAAUGUAAUGCGAGCAAG